AUGAUUUAGCUAAAUUUAAGAAACAAAUUGAUCUUAGAAGAAGAAUUGAUUGAUAAAAAUAAUUAAAUCUAAUAAUUUACUAAAGUAUUCAUUUCUAAUAUAUUUAUAUAGAUUUAAGAUGAAAUCAAAUCUUUAAAAGAUUUAUAUUUUAAAAUGUUAUCAAAAUGA